AUGGCAAAGCAAUAUCUAUCUCGCUCAGACGAAGAGAUCCGAGACGAGAUGGACAAAGGAGGGCUGAUCUACCGUGCUGGGUGGCCAACUCUACCCCUUAUACCUGUCGAGAUUGUUCGCGAAGGCGCUAGAGCGGCAAUUCCAGAUUCCAUGGAGAGAAUAGAAGAGGCAGAUACCAUCCUACAGGCUCAAGAUAUCUGGAACGGAAUACAUGGCUUCGUUUACAGGGUUCCUCUCGAUGCACCAGAAGACGAGGAGGAUCUUUCACCGUAUCUAACCUUUCUUUGCACCUUUAACAUAUCGGUAUUCAAGCAGUACGAAGCUAGGAAAAAUGUCCAAAUCGAGGUCAUUGAUAGCCGCGUCAUAUACUGUCUUUAUACUUUCCCUAUUGGCCGCAAUAGAGAAGAAAUUGUUGAGAGGUGGGAAGGAGUUGUGGCGCCAAUUGUGUUGGAUCUGUUGAAAGAGCACGAGUGGCUCUCCUUGGAAAUGGUACGCCGUGGUUUCAGCGACAUUCCUGAGGAAUGUCCCCCGACCAUCGUGAUCACAACACCGACUGCGCGCAACCCGAAGUGGACUAGGACCAUAAAGCCGGCAAUAUCAGCUGCUAUCGCGAAUAUCGCCCCUGACUUUGAAGUCGAAAUUCUCUGUGGCAAGUCACUUCUGGGUAGCAGAAAGAAGUACAAGUCUUCGAUCCACGUCAAUGGCACAUCGUACGAGAAGCGCGUGUUUAUGGGCUCUUCUAUUGGCAUUUCCGGUGACCCAUCUAGUUGCAGCACUCUGGGAGGAUCUGUGAUCCUUGAGGGCGGCGUUAGGUGCGGUAUUACCAACUGGCACUGUGUAAGGGACAAUCGACUUGAUAAAAUUAUCUCAGAAACAAUGGAAAAAGCUCUGAGUGUCGAUAACAAGACACUGAUGAACGCUCCUCAACCUGUCCUAUCUCCCUCGACAUAUGACCAUGAGCGCCGCCAAGCCUACCUUCAGCAAUUGAUCCAAAGAUAUACAGCUUAUGCUGCCAAGGGACAAGAGGUUUACAAAACUCUCAAGAAAGAAAACGAAGAGGCAUUAAUAAAUGUGGAACGUGCGAGCCGCAACCUUGGUCAUGUCUACGCAGGUUCGGGUCACAGGACUAUUGCAGCCAACAAGUAUGCUCUGGACGCCAGGGCAGAGCAACCCAAGGAGAGGACGAUUCUUCAAUUUCAAGAUCAAUGGAUUCUAGACUGGGCUUUGAUACGCAUCGAUGACAUCAAGCUACGCGAGGUCGGUGAUAUGUUACCUCCGACCUUGUCCCCAAGGGCAUCACCGCUGGUUCCGUAUCAUUGGUGCAAUAAAUGGUCAACCUUCGAUGCCAACCGAAAGACUAUUGACGUUGCCAAGUAUGGAAGCACAACAGGUAUAACUUUUGGAACCAUCAAUCCUGCCAUUGUCUACAUCAACCCCAAGUCGGAUGCGCAGCUCUCUGCAGUCAAUGGAUUUACGGAACAGACGCCUGCAUCAUGCUUUGCAGUAGUUAUGGAGGACGGAAAAUAUCCACCAUUCUUCGAACCUGGGGACUCUGGCAGCGUAGUAUUGCAUAGGAAGUCUGGGACACAGCUAGGACUGCUCUUUGGGAUGACUAGUUGCGACAACGCCUUGUUCAUCCCUAUGGACCUUGUGUUCCAGGACAUCGAAAGGAUUACCGGAAAAAGAACUGGAAACUGUGAGGUUGCCCAAAUCCAGAUCACGUAUCCGCCCGGUGGUGUAGUUGAAAAAGCUUUCAUGGUCAGCGCGUGA